CCCGGCGUCCCCCGCGCGGCGGGUGAGAGGUCGCGGCGGCGCCGAGUCCAUGGCGGUGGCCGUGACGGCGGCUUGAGGCGGCACCGGCUCCCUUCCCACCCUCCGACCAUGCACAGCCUGGCCACGGCCGCGCCUGUGCCAACAGCACUGGCUCAGGUUGACCGUGAAAAGAUCUACCAAUGGAUCAAUGAGCUGUCCAGCCCCGAGACACGGGAGAAUGCACUGCUGGAGCUGAGCAAGAAGCGCGAGUCUGUGCCUGACCUCGCCCCAAUGCUGUGGCACUCAUUUGGCACAAUUGCAGCACUCCUUCAGGAAAUUGUAAAUAUUUACCCAUCAAUCAACCCUCCGACUUUGACAGCCCAUCAGUCCAACAGAGUCUGCAAUGCUUUAGCUCUACUACAGUGUGUUGCAUCACACCCUGAAACGAGAUCAGCUUUUCUGGCAGCUCAUAUUCCUCUCUUCCUGUACCCCUUCCUGCACACAGUCAGCAAGACCCGUCCGUUCGAGUACCUGCGGCUCACAAGCCUCGGAGUCAUUGGGGCCUUGGUGAAAACUGACGAGCAAGAAGUGAUAAAUUUCUUAUUGACAACAGAAAUUAUCCCCCUGUGCUUACGUAUUAUGGAGUCUGGAAGUGAGCUCUCCAAAACGGUUGCUACGUUUAUUCUUCAGAAAAUCCUCCUGGAUGACACAGGGCUGGCAUAUAUCUGUCAGACUUAUGAGCGGUUUUCCCAUGUUGCCAUGAUACUGGGUAAAAUGGUCCUGCAGCUCUCCAAGGAGCCAUCGGCACGGCUGCUGAAACAUGUUGUCCGCUGCUAUCUUCGCCUUUCUGAUAACCCCAGAUGUAGGGCACGUGAAGCUCUCAGGCAGUGCCUUCCUGACCAGCUGAAGGACACCACCUUCGCCCAGGUCCUGAAGGAUGACACCACCACAAAACGCUGGCUGGCUCAGCUUGUCAAGAACCUGCAAGAGGGUCAAGUCACUGACCCACGGGGCAUCCCUCUUCCUCCGCAAUGACUGCUGGGGGAGGUGGGGCACUGGGGAAGAAACAGCUCAGGUUUACAAAGAACCAGGAACAGGUGACCUCUUCUGCAACAAACUGGGCACGCCAACUGGCUGCCGGCCUGUCGGACCAUCCCACCCAGCCAAAGGGCUGCUCUGUAGCGGUGCAGCAAGCCUCCGGGGAUCCCAACACCAGCAAAUGCUGAUACUACAGCUUCAAAAAAAAAAAUCAAUAAAAACAAUCUGUAUAGAUCCCAGUCUCUCCGGGAGGCUUGGGUGGCAUCUCUUCCCCCACCUCCAGGCAGGGGGUAGUGCAGAUGUCCACUCUUCCAGCAAACUCAGCCUCCGCCCUAGUGGUGCAUGACAGCAGGUAUGCGCGCCACGUCCCUCCAGUUCCUUGUCACUUCUUGUUUACAUGUCUGUUUAGAUGAGUGAACUGAAUAAAAGCUGAUCCAGUUUUAUCCCUUC